CAUUGAAUGAAGAUGAGGUGCAAAUGUUGGAUUAUUCCUGAAUAAUCAAAAGGUGGGACUAUUGUAAGAAGAACGGUAAAAGGUUGGAUUAUUAGUUUCCAUUUCCCCAAAUAUCUAUCGUAAAACAUUUCAGCUCAUUUGUGGUUAAUAUUUUUAGAUAUAGAAAUUGCUGAGUAAAAACGCUUUGAAAUUUCAAAAUAGAAGUAGAAUGUUUUUAAUUUCUUGAAUAUGAGUAAUCUGUCAAGUUUGGAAAAAAAUGUCAUAUUUAAAAGUCUAGUAAUGCCAAACUUGGCACAAAUUUACUCUUAUUUAUAGAAUAAAAAAUAUGAUAGUCCUAUUUUGUAAUUUCAAAACUUUUUUAUUAUUUAUUUUAGAUAUCCUUGCCCUUUAAAAAUGUUCUAUAAUGGCAUUCUAAACCAAAAUAAUGAUAUGGAUUUUUGAAAAAAAAUCUAGACCCAUUUAUAUAGUGAUAAAAAAGCAUAGUAAAUUCUUCAAAAGAUGGAGUUUAAGAGUUAGUGACCAUUAUAAAUUUAGGAUUUAGAACUAGAUUAAAAAAGGGAGAUACACAGAAUGAAAAAGGAAAGGAGAGGAGAGAAAACAGGGGUACAGAGUAUGUAGAAACACAAGAUGGAUAAAAUUGACGGGAAGGUGUUGCCAUUUAGGCAUCCAAUCUUCAACAAAAACAAAAACCCCUCCUCUAAGUUUGAUUAUCCUGCAAAUCAUAUAUAUAUAUUCUAAUUAUUUAUCUCAUUUAUCCCACAAAUCAUGAAUGUUUCCCUCUUCUCAUGAGACAACAUUCAUGAUUUGUCAACAUUCUUUUCACUUGCAAUAUCAAAUUAUAAUUACUAAAAAAACGUCUGCCCUUUUUUGCUUGUUAAUCCAAGAUACUAUUGCAUCAUAGGCCAACAUUCCCACAAAUUUGAUCAUAUCCUUGGAGAAAUCUGCAGAGUUUCAAUUGGGUCGGGAUCGGGAUGCAAUGGCAUUGAUUGAUAUCCUUCAACAUACUCGAUUUCCUUGAGAAUUUUGCAUGAUUAUAAAACGCAAAAAGAAAAAAAAGGAAAAAUGGGUGCUUGUUGUACCUGCCAAAGAGUGAGGAGGUAUGAUGGUUAUGGACUUGGAAAUGUGAUAAACACAGAUGCCAGGGAGAUAGAAGAUGAACAUGAAGGGGUUGUGGGAAGGGGAGAUUUUGGGGCAAGGGUUAGGUUCCAUGGAUAUUCUAGGUUUGUUUCCAUGUAUUCUCAACAAGGCAGAAAGGGUAUUAAUCAAGAUGCCAUGACUGUUUGGGAGCACUUUGGAGGAGAAAGAGGUUCAUACUUUUGUGGUGUGUUUGACGGACAUGGACCAUCCGGUCACAGGGUCGCGCAUUACAUUCGUGAUCGUUUACCAUCGAAGCUUUCGAUAAAGUCAAAGGACUGCGACAGGGAGGAGAAUUUGGAGAAAGAUGUUCUUGAGACUCCGUUGUUUUCUAUAUGGAAAUCACACUUCCAAAAGUCCUUCAGAGAUAUGGAUAAUGAACUUGAAGGUGAGGGAAGGAUUGACAGCUACUGCAGUGGUACAACAGCUGUUACUUUAAUUAAGCAGGGUGAACAUUUGAUACUAGGGAAUCUCGGGGAUUCUCGGGCGGUAAUGUGCACCCGAGAUGACACAGAUCAGCUUGUUCCGGAACAACUUACAGUCGACUUAAAGCCUAACCUUCCAAGUGAAUCUGAACGUAUUAAAAAUAGUCAAGGGAGAGUAAUGGCAACCGAAGAAGAACCAAAUGUGUAUAGAGUGUGGAUGCCUGAUCAAGAUUGUCCAGGCCUUGCCAUGGCUAGAGCCUUCGGAGACUUUUGUUUGAAAGACUAUGGUCUCAUCUCCUCCCCCGAGAUGUACUAUAGAAAGAUCUCCGAGAGGGACGAAUUCGUUGUUUUAGCUACCGAUGGUGUAUGGGAUGUGCUCAGUAACUACGAGGUGAUCAUAACGGUUGCUUCAGUAGGGAAGAGAUCAAUGGCGGCACGAAUGCUAGUCGAGACGGCGGUUCGGGCAUGGAAACACAAAUACCCAUGUUCCAAGGUUGACGAUUGCGCAGUCAUUUGUUUAUUCUUUAAACGCCCUAGGCCAAUGUUAACGAAGUCCAUGUCUGAGGUAGCUCAGCUUAGCAUGAGCUUCCCACCGCUUGGCGGUAGCACCGAUAACUCCCCCAUCACCGCCCAGACUGAUGACGGCCUUGACACGCUACUUAAUUAUAAGAUUAAUAAUGAAGAGGGAGAUGAAGUUGCUGGAGGUGGCAAUGGUAGAGGAGGUGGUGACGAGUGCCAAUGCCGCCAUAGAGUUAGGAAUCCACCAACACCGAGCCAAAAUUUUGAUUAGUGUCUUAUCUGUGAUAUGUAAAUCUUCUAUAAUCUCUGUUCAAGGAGAUCAAAAUGCUGCAUUUUGUGCUCAAGAAGAUCAGAAGAUCAAAAUCUUCCGUAAUUGUUUCGGUUGCUCCAACGGCUACAACUUGUUUUUUUUUGCAUUUGGUACUUGGAUUUUAUUUCAUCUUUUAGUCAAUCAAACUUAUUUGAUUCGUCAGAUGUAUCAAAGGUGGCAAACCAAACAUGAACAUGACAAUAAUUCCAUGA